UUCCAUGAAGGUAAUAAAUUUAUCUGAUCAGGUGCUGUCGGAGGCUCAAAUGGUGGUCCUAAAUCAUGGUUUAUCCUUUUCCCCUACUACCAGCGUUGAUAGGUUUGAGGCUCUUAAAGAUGUACAGCUCUUUGCACGAAAACUGAUUUUUAAAAAGAUGUUCCAUAACUCCACCUCUGCCUCUAUUUGUGACACGCGUGAUGAAUUACUUGCACUUCAAGCUCUUGAGGACUUAUCGGGUGAAAAUGAAAUACAGAAUGAUGACUGGUUCCCCACGCAACUGUAUCCUAGAUCAAGCUGAGUUACGACAAAUUUUGAAUCAAGCGAAAGAUGAGGACAUCAUCACCUCUAAACAAUACGAUUCUCUGUGGAUUGACAACCCGAUGAUUGCCACCUUCUAUUUACUGCCAAAGAUCCAUAAGCAUGCCACUACACCACCAGGUAGGCCCAUCGUGUCAGGAUGUAACAAUUUUUGUGAUAGAAUCUGCAAAUUAAUAGACCAUGUAUUAAGAAAAAUUGUUGAAACACUACCGUCCUAUCUUAGGGAUACGACGGAUGUUUUGAGACGAAUGGAACACAUCCAUAUGGACAGCGAUAUGCUUAUUGUAACAUGCGAUGUAGAGUCACUCUAUACUUCUAUUCAUCACGUUGAUGGUCUAAGAGCAGUCCAAGCUUUCCUGAUGAUGUCUGAAGUGGAUGAUAAUCUGAUGUGGACGAUCAGGGAUAUGUCCAAUCCAAUCUGUUUCGAAAACCAACCGCAACCAAUUCUCUGCUGCAUGCACAAUCAGCACAUCCACCGAGCCUAAUUAAAGAUUCAGAGAAC